GUUCGGAUGACGUGACUUCUAAUACACAACCCACCACCAUGAACACUUACCCUCAAAAACAAUCUAAGAAACCUAUCUUUUUCACUGCAGCAAUUACUGCUGCGGUCCUCUUUUUCGGCUACAACCUGGCUCUUCAAGCAUCCGAGGUCGCAAUCGUCCAAAAGGCGAUCGUGGUACUAAAGGGCGACUCCCCAGUCACUGGCACCAUCACAUUUGAGCAGUCCUCAGCAGAUGGGCCAAACCUCGACCCUUCUUCUCUGCGUGGCUUCCAUAUCCACUCUCUGGGAGACCUCAGCGAUGGUUGUAUGUCUACAGGGUCGCACUUCAAUCCAUACGACAAAACCCACGGUGCUCCCUCAGACUCUGUCAGGCAUGUUGGCGACCUUGGGAAUAUCAAGAGCGACGAAUAUGGCACAGCCACCUAUUUCCUUCAAGGACAACGGGCUGUCGUCGUUCAUGCGGGCGUCGAUGAUUUGGGACAAGGCAGUAAUGAAGAGUCUCUCAAGACUGGAAAUGCAGGGGGACGAGCUGCCUGUGGUGUCAUCGGACUCGUGUAAAUCAUCUGAGUAUUGGAGCAUGCCGCGUUGUCUUGCACUUAUCACUUGCAUCAUAUGUUGCCCAUAUUUUUCGGUCUCUGACAAUCUAUAUGUCUUUACCUGA